AUGCUCAAUAAUUCUUUUGUUUCUCAUCAAUUUCAAAAUUCACCUCCAUAAUAUCCUUUACCAGUUGCUAACCCUGCUUAACCUAUUUCUGCUAGAUAAAAAAUCCAUGUCUCCAAUUUACCAUUGAAUGUCACUACUUAAUAAUUGCAAUAAACCUUUUAAACUUAUGGAAACAUUAUAGAUAUUAGAAUCAUCAGAAAAACACCUACAGGUAUUGGAGUUAAUUCACAAAAGGAUUACCUUUACAUAUUUCAUGUUAUGCUUUUAUUGCUUUUGCUGAUAAUGAUGCAGCUGAUAAGGCAAUUUAAGAUGGUCGAAUAGGAGAUUGGACUGUGAAACCUUAGAUUGAUAAAUAAGCUAUUCCUAAAUGCAAAUCUCGGUCUCGAUCUAGAUCUAGAUCUUAAGAGAAAAAUAAAUAAGUAUUAACAAAUGGACCUAUUACUCCAUUGGAACAGUCUCCAAAAAUAUAAAUUCAACUUUACGUUAGAGAAUUGUUUGUUAGUGGAAUAUCCAAGAAUUAUGAUGAAUUGAAGAUUCGCUAGGUAAUAGAAUGUGAAAAUUAUAGAUUUUUUCAUAAUUUGGCUCUAUAGAGAGGAUUGAUCUGUAUCCUAAUAAGCAUAAUAUAUUUAACAGUUAUAUAAAAUUUUUUACUGUAUAAACUUUUUUUAUUUGAAUUUAGAUAGAUUAAGCUAUUUCUGCUUAUUAAAAAAUGGAUAGUAUUUAAUAAUAAUUUUCUACUUAAAUAAAAAUUUAUUUUUCUGACCCUAUAAAAAGACACAAUAUUGUUGGCAAUAAGUAAAUUUUAUUAGAUUUUUUAGUUUAUCAAAUGAAUAACAUUCUAAACUAUCAUCAGUAUUAUUUAUAUUUUUUCCUCCUAAUUUAAAUAAAAAAGUUGAUCAUGCAUUUUUGUUUGAAGUAAUUUUUUUAAUUAUUAAAUAAAAGAUAUGUUAGAAUCAAUAAUGUCGACCUCUCUUAUGGAAUUACAUUCAAUAAGAUCCAAAUUAUAAAUCAUACACUCUUCUAUAAUUUAGAGACACAAAACAAGCCAUCUAGAUAAGAAACUAUCUCUAAUAACAUUUAGUUGAUCUUCUUGGUGAUUCAAAAUGUGAAGUUGGAAUAGUAUCACUUCCAAAAAUGCCCAUGUAACCACCAUAAUAAUUACAAUAAUAUUAACCAAUUCAAAUGUUACCCUAAUAACCAUUACCAAAUAAUAUGAUGAUGAUGCCUCCAGUUACAUAGCCCUUUUAACCUAGUUAUUAACCACUCUUCAUUCCAUAAUAAGUCAUGUACUAAUAGCCCUUAUAACCAUUCAUAAUUCAUAAAUAGGAACGGAGACCAUAGCAUUAAUAUGUAGAUCCUACAUAAUUUAAUAUGCCUUUAUAAAUGCAACCUUAGGAAUAAGAAUUGAAAAUCAAAUUUAAUCCUAAUGGUAAUUAAGAAAUUCUUGAUGGAUUUUUAAACUUUGAUACUAAUUAACAAUUACAAUAACAACAAUAAAGAUAGGAUUGGGAUACAUUUUGGAGUGGAUUUAUGUUUAGAAGUAAGAGUCAUAAGGUUGGAGUGGAUGCCAAAUGUUAAGAAUCUGAAGUAAUUUGGAUUUCCUAUUAUUUAUUUAAGGCUCCUAUUGUAAUGGCCCCUCAAAUCUAAGUGAAUUAUAAGGGAAACUUUACUGAUGCCAAAAAAUCAGCAAAUGAGGCUUUCAAAUUCAUACUCUGUCCUUCUGAUUAUAAUUAGGUAUUGAUUUUAAACAUAAUAAAUAAUUAGAAUAGUGCCUUUUAAGAAUAUAUAGAUUAUUUUUCUGAGAAGAACAAGAUUGGAGUUGCAUAUAUAGGAAACAGCAUUUUAUAUUUACUUCCACCAAAUGAAAUUACAAAUACCAUUUUACCAAUUUAAGGAUUAGAAAUUCUUGCAUUGUAUAUUGAAGAUAAGAAAAAAAUCAUCAAUUACAAUUAAGAUCAUAUAUUAUGA